AUGGACCCAGACGGUUUUAUGUCAGAACCCCUUUGCCUCAUUGAAAACAGUAAUGGGCAACUGGUGGUCAAUCCAGAAGCACAGAGAACCCUGUGUGCCAUUACACAGCCUGUUGAUGUGGUGGCUAUUGUGGGUCUCUAUCGCACAGGCAAAUCCUACCUGAUGAACAAGCUGGCUCAGAAGAAGAAGGGUUUCUCAGUUGGAUCCACAGUGCAGGCUCACACCAAGGGAAUCUGGAUGUGGUGCAUGCCUCAUCCUGAGAAGCCAAACCACACCUUAGUGCUUCUUGAUACAGAAGGACUGGGAGACAUAGAGAAGGGUGAUGAAAAGAAUGAUACCCAGAUCUUCACACUAGCAAUGCUGCUGAGUAGCACCUUCAUAUACAAUACCAUGAACAAAAUUGACCAGAGAGCCCUUGAUCUAUUAUACUAUGUGACUGAAGUGUCAAAUCUGCUCAGGACAAUCUCCUCACCUGAACUUGAUGAGGUUGAAGAUGCAAAUGAUAUUGUGGGCAUCUGUCCAGACCUAGUGUGGACUCUGAGAGAUUUCUUCCUAGACUUGGAAAAAGAUGGACAUUCUAUCACAGCAGAUGAAUACCUGGAGGGCUCUUUGAGGCCAAAACAAGGCACUGAUCAAAGUCUUCAGAAUUUCAAUCUUCCCCGUCUGUGUAUACAGAAAUUUUUUCCAAAGAGGAAAUGCUUUAUUUUUGACUCUCCAGCUCACAGAAAAAAGCUUGCCCAACUUGAAGAACUGGAUCAUGAUGAGUUAGAUCCUGAAUUUGUACAACAGGUGGAAGAUUUCUGUUCCUACAUCUUCAAUCAUUCCAAAACUAAAACUCUUUCAGCAGGCAUCCAGGUCAAUGGUCCUGAUCUAGGGAACCUGGUGCUCACCUAUAUCAGAGCCAUCAGCAGUAGGAAUCUGCCCUGUGUGGAGAACACCAUCUCGGCAUUGGCUCAGAUCAAAAACUCAGAAGCAGUGCAAAAGGCCAUUUGCCACUAUACCCAGCAGAUGGACCAGAAGGUGAAGUUGCCCACAGAAACCAGCCAAGAGUUGCUGGACCUGCACAGAGCCUGUGAGAAAGAGGCCCUUGAAGUCUUCUUGAAAAAUUCUUUUAAAGAUGAGGAUCAAAAUUUCCAAAAGAAAUUAGAGAUGCAACUACAAGCAAAACUUGAUGACUUUUGUAAGCAGAAUUUGAAGGCAUCAUCUGAUCGCUGCUCAGAUCUACUUCUGAGUAUCUUUGGUCCACUAGAAAAUAGUGUGAAGCAAGGAAUUUAUAACAAGUCAGGGGGCCAUCACCUCUUCAGACAGAAAACUGAAGAGUUGAAGGCAAAAUACUAUCAGGAGCCCAGGAAAGGAAUACAGGCUGAGGAAGCUCUGCAGAAAUAUUUACAGUCCCAGCAGUCGAUGAGUGAUGCCAUUCUCCAGGCAGAGCAGGCUCUUGCAGCCAGGCAGAGGCAGAUAGAAGAGGAACGUGCUAGAGCACAGGCUGCACAGGCUGAAGCAGACCGGAGGGCAGCAAUUCAGCGGGAGAAACAGAAACGGAUAGAGGAGGUCGAGCGAGCCCACCAAGAACACUUGCGACAAAUGAAGAUAAAGAAUGCCUUAGAGCUAGAAGAGCAACGGAAAGCCCAAGAACGAGCCCAUGCACACAUGCUCCAGGAAGCAGCUGAACAAGAAAAGAGGAGAAUUGAAGAGGAAAGAAUAAGACUGCUAAAUCAGAUCCAUCAGCUCCAGAGUAAUGUUUCCUCCUCCAGGAAUCAUUGCAUCUUACAAUAAAGAGCUACACAUC